AUGUUAAAGGUGUGGAGCGAUUUUAAAAACAAUACCAAGAAGAAAGCUGCGCGACUGCAUAGAGCAGCUAGUGGAACUGGUGGUGGGCCUGCAGUGUAUAUCAAACUCACAGAGUUAGAAAAAAGAGUGCUAAAUAUUAUUAUUGGCAUACAGGCAGCAACGGGUUUGGUAGUGCCUGAGGCAGGGUUUUCAAAGGAUAUUGUUGCUGCAACAGGUGUGCUUGAUGUGGCACAACCCAGGACUCGGGAAUCUAGCACAGAACAAUUAGGUAUACAGGAAGACCAUAGCUAUCCAAUUAAUGAAUGUAUUGAGCCAUGGAAUGAACCUGGACCUUCUAGCAGAGUGCAUGUCGAGCCUCUUUUAAGCCAGGUUCAUAUAGAGUCAAGACCUCCUAGCCAAGCCUUCAAUGUAGAAAUUGAAGUCACAGAAAAUGCUGUAGAAGUCUUACCCACUUUAUCUCCAGAGACUCAAGUUUCUGCCCCUCAGCCUCGUAUGCAUCCUGCUCCGUAUGGGCAAACUUCACCACGCCGUAGUGAAAGAUCUUCACGAAUACGAUCCUCACCUCGAAGACGUGUGAGGCUCACACAAACAGAGCAGGCUGCACGUCAGUUUGUAAAUUCUGAUUUUGAAUGGAGAGCAUUCAGGAUGCAGCAACAUAAAGAUUAUAUGGAGAUGAAAAGGGAGCAAAAUAGGAUAAGAGAAAUGGAAGUGCAGACUCAGAGGGAAUGGCAAGCUUUAGGUUUAAGAAUGUUAGAUAUAUUAGAUAAACUAGCUAAUAAGUUUUGUAAAGAU